AUGCAACGUCGUCGUGAGUUGACGGCAUUCGAACGCGGCAUGAUUGUAGGUGCCCGACGCAUGGGACAUUCCAUUUCGGAUGUGGUGAAGGAAUUCGGCUUCCCAAGGUCAACCGUGUCGAGAGUGUACCGUGAAUGGGUGAAUGAGGGUGUCACAGUCCACAACAGACACCAUACCUGGCGACCACAGGCCCUAAAUGACCGAGACAGGCGAAACCUGAGACGAGUGGAAACUCAAGAUUGGAGAGCAAAUGUGCUACAAAUCACGACAAAAUUCAACACUGGCCGUGAUAGAGACGUGUCCCAGUGGACAAUCCGUCGGAACAUACGUGUUCUCGGGUAUGAGAGCCGUCGCCCCACACGUGUGCCACUGCUAACCCAGCGUCAUCGGACAAUUCGGCUUGCAUUUGCCACCAAUCACCACGGGUGGACACUGCAAUAG